AAGACCCUCCUACUGUUGAGAGAACGCGCAGGUCAGGGGGCGCGCGCAGCGGCAGCAUUGCUCGGGUGUCACGCUGUGUCCUUUCUGUCGUGUUGCUCUCUUCUUGGUUAGGUUUGUUUUCUUAUAAAUUAUUAUCUCUACUAUUUAUUUUGAUAGCCGCGCUCGCGUCCCCACCCCGUGGAAUGAGCUUGAAGAUACGCUGUUUAUGUAUUUAUGUUUUUUUUUUUUAACAUGGUCGGUAGUUUUUAAUCUCCGCCUGGAAUAGUCGUCUUACAAAGAUCUGGUCAGUCGCCAUAAGGCGUCAGGAAGGCACAAUGUUUCUAUGCCGAUCGAGGUUUGUGGUUGCUUCAUUAUUUAGUUAUAAUAAGUUCGCUGGUUCGGUGCAGGUUGCAACAUACAUGACACAGGACGCCAUCCGCGCCUUGCAUAAGUCAAGAAUGAUUUCCUGCUCUAAAGUACCUGCCAGAGGCACAAACAGUGUCAGGGUUUUACAUUUGAUCAGUGGACCGCGACAAUCUCCUAUAAGCAACACAUGUGAAUAUGUGUCUCAUGCUUUUCCGGCCUGCAAUUCGCUUUCAAGACUCAGUUCACCGAAAAGCCCCUUUUGUAUUGGUACUGAAACCUGUAUCCUUCAAUCCUCCACGAUCAAACUUCUAAGUGCUUUAUUUAGCGCCAAGGAACUGGAACAAGCCGACGGGACGAAGAGAGACCGAGCCACAGAUGAUCAGAAGGUAAUGCUAUCUAAUAGACCUCAAGGAGGAUGUGAAAAGCCUGAGCCUGAGAAAAACCAAAAUAAAACAGAUAAGCUGAAGAAAGUUUUUAAGGAAUAUGGUGCUGUUGGCGUUUUGUUUCACAUUGGGAUAUCUCUGAUUUCUCUUGGGAUUUUCUACAUUGUUGUGUCUAGUGGGAUUAAUAUGACCGAUGUCCUUUGCAAGCUGGGCUUCAGUGAAUCUUUUGUUCAGUCGAAGAUGGCUGCUGGCACUAGCACAUUUGUGCUAGCUUACGCUAUUCACAAACUCUUCGCUCCAUUUCGGAUCAGCAUCACUCUCGUGUCUGUACCACUUAUAGUACGAUAUCUUCGGAAAACAGGACUCUUCAAAUCCUCACCACCUCGAAUGUGAACAAAGCUGAGUUUUUUUUUGUGGCGGACAGAAUGUUACAUGUUACAGAACUAUAUUUUUGGUAUUUUAGUUUGUUUGGAUGGUAUGUUUAUUUUUUGAUAUAAACAGUGGAAUCAGGUCUAAAAUGGCUCCAGAGAGGUACAUAGAGGAAUGACCGAACAGUCACUUGUAAGUGUAAAAUUGAUGGGUGUUAUCAUUUUAUGAAUAGCUGAUUAAAAUAGCUCCUCUCUGUUGUAUGCAUAGUACAGCACAUAAGAGCUGGUAUCAGAAAGUUUUGAGACUUUCUGUUAACAAGGAAGUACUUUAUAUAUCUAUGUUUUUACACUAUCACAUACAGUGCUCCCCGCAUUCCUGCUGCUUCUGGAAUGUGUCCUGGAAGUCUUCCAAUUGCACAGCUUCCGUUCUACACAGGAUGAUGUAUUUUUGGCACAAUGACUUAGGAAGAUCUGUGCUGCCUGUGGCUGUGCCUUCAGCCUUGUGCUGCCAUAUGCAGUUGUGUUACAAAACUAAUCUCAAAACUUUCUGAUACCACCUCAUACGGCUUGGCAACACAGGACUAGCCAUAUCCCACCUCAACUUCAUACAUUUCAAAAUUAAAAUAAAAGUUAAUAAUAGCUGGUGUUUGAUUUUUAAACGCACUUUGUUUUGCUGUGAGACAUCAUACACAGCUUUCACGCAUGAGUUAAACUUUAAUAUUUAGCAAAAAAUUAUUUCAGAUAAAGAGAAGCAGAUGCUCACACCCACACACAACAAUCCUAUGGUUACAACAGAGUUUCUUAACCUCCAACACCAGAGGAAAUUAUCGAUGUUAUCUGAUGCCAAGUACAACCUGUUCAGGGAAUUCCUUUUUGUAUAGGGUCACAAAGUACAGGACAGUAAGAAAAUUAAGAAAUUCACACAACACAAAACAAGUCUUACCAGUCCUGCUCUGUUUAAAUAUUUGACCACUGCUAAGUUGGUUGUAGUUUCUAAAAUAUUUACUAAGCCUCAAUUUAACCACCAAAUAAACAAAAUGAAGCACUUAGUGGAAAUUAAUUAAUCAAAGUGGUAAAAGCAGCACACAAAGCAUUGCAAUAUGCUCCUUGGUGUGGAAAUAGAUACAAAAUAGAGGAAUGCAUUUGGUAAAUACAUUUUUGAUUAGAACGGGCAAUUGAUCUCCAGACUGCUGCUUCAUGCUGAAAAGGCUAGAGUAACUUGGAUAAACACCCUGUACAAUUUUGAUGAGCAGAAACGCUUUUUAGAAGGCACUAAUGCCAUAAUUUUUAGUGUAUAGCCUAGAACAGAAUCUGUUUGGGUCAGAAAAGACCAGUAAGCUUAGGCUAUAUUGAGCACAGUGUUACCACUAGUAGACAACAGAAGAUUGAAAAAAAAAUGUUACUCUGAAAUCCAUCCAAUGUGUCAGUCCAGGUUUGUGGAAGUGGUGUAAUGGUAUAAGUUAUUUCUUACCACACAUUUUUUUUUUUUUCUAUCACUUGAAUGAAUAAAAAUGUGAAUGGCAUAAGAAC